GCACGCGAUACCAUUUCUGGCGGGCCCCUCCGCCUGUUUCUCCUCGCCUCUCCUCGCCGCUUCCCUAAUUAACAUGCAUCAUUCUCCUGCAGACUUUAAACACACAUGUCAUCAUUCUGUCGCUCGUCUUGUCCUUCUCCGGUUGAAUGAUCGAAAGAGAAAGAAUAACAUAUCAAACCAAUAAAAAGCAAUAACAGUGGCAAGAGCUAGCAGCGAGUCUGAACAUCAUGGCGGGAUCCUGCGCAGCUACGGCGAUGUCCGAGAGGUGUAUGCAAGGCCUCAUACACGCGCCGCGAGAUGGCCGCACAAAGUCGCAGCGAUGGGCGCUUCUUUCACCUCGCCUCGGUUCUGCAUGCCGGCGCUCCGUGUCGUCCCGUUACCACCGACGGCUUGGAGCCGUCUCCUCCACCAGUGUAAGUACGCAAUGCCAACAAGUUCCUGGCCAAAUAGACUAGAGAUACUGGAUCAUUCUCUUCUUUUAUUUAUUUCAUUUAAUUUCUAUGUUUUGCAGAACGUUGGGACGUUUGGCCUGGAUUACAACUCUGAGCUUCAGGUCGCCGUGAAUCCUGCACCUGAUGGCUCUGUAAUCGAGGUCGAGCUCGUGGCGACCAACACCGGCGCCUCAUCACUCAGCCUGCACUGGGGUGCACUGCAGCAGGGGAGAAGGGAAUGGGUGAUGCCGUCGAGGAGGCCGGACGGGACAAGGACGUACGAGGACGCCGCUCUAAGGACUCCCUUCAAAAGCUCAGGUUCGAACUCUACAAUAAAAAUAGAGAUAGAUGAUCCAGCUGUGGACUCCAUUGAGUUUCUCGUGGUUGAUGAGGCACAAAACAAAUGGUUUAAAAACAAUGGCAAGAACUUCGAAAUUCAUCUCCGAACAACAGAUCAACAUGAGGAAGAGCGUUUUGCUUCAACAAAAACAAGAGGACCCUCAUCAGCAGGAAGGAUUGUGCGCAAAAACAGAGACAUCAUGCAGUUCCUUAGUAAACCAGCAUCCAGUCAAGUAAAUGGCUUUGUAGAAGCUGGGCCAAAGCGUCCUACAGUUCUUGAUCUUUUCUUGAAGUCACUACAGGACAAAAAUGAUUGGGAAGUCCUCUGCAAAAAGUUCUUCAAACUGGGAGACGAUGAGAUUUUGGUCAGUCUCUAA